GGGGCGGGCAGCGGCGGGAGCGGAGGCGACGUGUCGGAGUGGAGCGGGAACCGGGACCUGGGCAACAUGGAGCUGGAGGCGAUGAGCAGAUACACCAGCCCGGUGAACCCGGCCGUCUUCCCGCACCUCACCGUGGUGCUGCUGGCCAUCGGCAUGUUCUUCACCGCCUGGUUCUUCGUCUACGAGGUGACUUCUACCAAGUACACGCGGGACAUCUACAAGGAGCUGUUGAUCUCGCUGGUGGCCUCACUCUUCAUGGGCUUCGGCGUCCUCUUCCUGCUGCUGUGGGUCGGUAUCUACGUCUGAGGCCCCGGGCGGAGGAGCUCCGGUACCGCCCUGUGCAUCCCAACGGCCGUGGGAAGCCCUGCAGAACCUCUUUUUGUAUUUCUUUUAUACUUCAACAACAAAGCCCGUAUCAGGUGUGGACCGUGCUCCUGUCAAGUGACUUCUGCCAGCACAACAAACCAAACCUGAAUAAAACUGGCUCCGUGAUGCACCUGC